UAGAUGAGGGUGUGAAUGUGUCGCAAAUGCUGUUUUCCACGUCAUUGGUUGCCGCUGUAGGGUCAGGCAGUGGUCCUUCUUCAAGCCCAAGGAGGUUGAGGAUUUUGAACACCAAGAAGAAGUCGAACAUCUGCGAACUCACAUUCCCAACCGCCGUGUUGUCCGUGAAGCUGAACCGAAAGAGGCUAGUAGCGGUGCUGAUCGACCAGAUCUAUAUCUAUGAUAUAAGCUGUAUGAAGUUGUUACACACCAUUGAAACUUCGCCAAACCCAAAGGCGCUCUGUGAUCUGAGCUCAAAUGACGAUUCUAUACUCAUUUACCCUGCGCCAGGACCAAACGUUGCUUCACCUUUUAAUACCGACUCUGACUCGAAGGAACCAGGCUCCGAAGUUGGUACUGUUGUGCUCUUUGACGGAUUGAACAUUGCACCUUUGAACAUUGUCAAAGCCCAUAAGGCCGAAUUGGUUACACUUUCUCUCAAUUCUAACGGGACUCUAUUUGCAACUGCUUCAGUGAAGGGAACAAUCAUCAGGGUAUUCUCAACGCUAACAGGAGAAAAGGUUGCACAGUUUAGACGUGGAUCGUAUCCGGCAACAAUUCAAAACAUGGCGUUCGACUUAGGCUCCAAACUAUUGGCUGUGACCUCAGAUACAGAAACGGUCCAUAUCUUCAAAGUCCACAUCAAGGAAGGUACUAAUCAGAGUAAUAAUAGCGAUGAUGAGCAGGACGAUGAGAACGAUGAUGCUGAACCAAAUAUCUUACCAAGACCAGGUCCAUUACACUCAGAACCGGAACGAAAGAGACAGCCGUCAAUUACAGAUAGAGUGCUAAGGAAUCUACCAAAGAAUAUCACUUCGAUGCUGGAACCGCAGAGAGAUUUUGCUUAUCUCAAAGUCCCAAACCAUCAGAAGCAGAAAAAGUCGACUGUAGGGUUCAGCUCGAAAGACGUUGUUGUUGCAAGCUCCGAUGGAUCUCUGUACACUUAUACCAUACCUCAAAAUGGAGGUGAGUGUGUUCUAGUGAAUGAGUAUGCAUUGGACUGAAGUGUUAUACAUUCAGAAGAAGGAAAGGUUAUAUAAAGGUUUUUAACAGAACAAACAAAAUGGAAAUGUGUAUC